AUGGGGAUGUACCCUGCCCUUGGAAAUAGUAACCAAAGGGCCAUCAAACCUGGAAACAGUGUUGUAGUUCUUGGACCACGACUAGAUGCUCCCAAACCUGUUAUCGAUGCUAAAACUCCACAAAAUGUUUUUGUGCCUUCAUAUUCAAAUGCUCGAAGUCCGUCCAUGCUUUCCACUGCCAAUCACAGUGUCCGAUGUUCAACAACAGGGGUCAUCACAGGUCAAGGUCAGGGGUCGUUGAGUGGAUCCCAUCAGCAUAUGUCCAGAUAUUGGAACAUGCAAACUUACUCUAAUUUUUGGAAGAGGCUCAGGGGGCCUCCUGGUGCACAACAUGAUGUCAGCUCCCCAUAUAAAAGGGGACGUCCCCAGAGCCCUCCUCAGGUUCAGCGUUCUGGGUACCCUUAUGGUCAAGAACCUCAAUCCCAUCCACGGUUCAGUGUCGCCCCAGGAUAUUAUCCCCAUUACCAACAGGGCGAUCAACAGUCACAGGACCGUUACAGAGAAGCAGAGUAUUUACAUAUCAGACGACGCCCAUCCCUGCUGCCAGACUACCACGGGAGUCAUGCUGCAGCCAAUAUAGAGCGACUGGAGAGAUACAGACGAGGGGCUGCCGACGUUUUGCCAUAUGGACAGGAAAAUAUGGGUAACCUUCAGGCCCAAGCCCAAGCACAAGCCCAGGCCCAAGCUCAAGCCCAGGUUCAGGUCCAGGUGCCAGUGGGAGAGCCUGGACCAAGUCCUGGUCAGUCUCAGCACUCGCACCCUGGACCUCAGAUGCCAAAGAGACCACGUUUGGCUAUAGACCGACCAGAGCUACAGCAACCUCUUCAUAUUGAUGUCAAAAAGGAGCCAACAUACAACCCCCAAGUUGAGGCGAUAUCCCCAACACUGCCAGCCGAUGAGAGUAACAGCCGCUCAUCUAAAGAUGAGCUGUUACAGGCCAUUAGUCGUGUAGACAGGGAGAUCUCUAAAGUGGAACAACAGAUAUUGAAACUGCAGAAAAAGCAGCAUCAGAUUGAAGAAGAAACAUCUAAACCUCCAAGGGAGAAAUCAGAGGCUCCAGAAAUAUCUUCUUCUGAAACGAAACACCAAAGCAUUGCACAAAUAAUCUACGCUGAAAAUAGGAAAAAGGCAGAAGAAGCACAUUCAUUGUUUAGUAAACUUGGACCAAAGAUUGAGCUGCCCCUGUACAAUCAGCCAUCAGAUACUUUAGUGUAUCAUGAGAACAAAAGAAAACAUGCUCUUUUCAAGAGUCGACUUAUACUGCACUUCAAGAAGCGACACCAAGCUCGCAGGAUCAGGGAACGUUACCUGACAGACAGAUAUGAUCAGCUGAUGCAGGUAUGGCUGAAAAAGAUGGAACGGGUGGAAAACAAUGCUAAACGCAAGGCCAAAGACGCAAAGAUGAGGGAAUAUUAUGAGAAAAUUUUCCCAGAAAUUAAAAAGUCCCGCGAAGACAAGGAGAGAUUUUCCAGGGCUGGUACAAGAAGUGGAAAUAUUGGCCCGUACGCCCGCAGUGAGGCAGAGUUUGAACAAAUUGUUGAUGGACUGCAUGAACAAGAGGAGGAUGACAAGAAGAUGCGUAGCUACGCAGUCAUCCCACCCAUGAUGCUGGAUGCACGUCAAAGGAGUCUGCGUUACCUUAAUAACAAUGGACUGAUCUUGGACGCUAUGGAGGAGUGUAAGGAGCGUUCUAACAUCAAUGUGUGGACGCCCCAGGAGAAACAGAUCUUUAAGGAGAAAUAUCUACAGCAUCCUAAAAAUUUCACCGUCAUACAACAGUACUUAGAGCGCAAGACUGUGGCUGACUGUGUGCAGUAUUACUAUCAGACCAAACGUAGUGAAAAUUACAAACAACUGCUUCGUAAACAAACUGUGAAGAAAACAAAACGGCUUCAGAAACAGCAGCCGGCUGCUGCGAUUAAGGAGGAACCUAAAGAGGAAUUGGAGGAGCCAGCGUCUUCUGUACUGUCUAUCACUGGUACAGCCAUACCACCUCCCCCAGAACCUGCUGUUAUCAAAAAAGAGGAAGAGAAGGUUGAAGAUGAUGACUCAUCCGAUGACAAUGAGGUCUCUACUUCUGGUGCUGGUGAAGGUGGAAUACAUCAGUGUGCGAUAUGCUCACAACAGUUGGAACACUAUGGUCUGAGCCGACCCUUGACUCGUGCUAACUGUGAGCUGUAUGGCAUGACAGAGACUGAUCUCAAACUAGACAUGAGAGUGUGUAGUAGUUGUCGAUGUAAAUCUGUACGCCGUCGUUAUACACAGUGUCCUGUUCCAACUUGUAAGACGCCCAAGAGAAAAGUUAAGCGGCUUCGACCGUUGCCUCCAAAAUGGGCCGAUCUGUCUGCAGAUGUGAGGGAACCCAUCAUUAAAGAUCUUCAGUUGACCGAAGAGAUUACCAAGUGUUGUUCAGCUUGUUUCAACAGGAUUGCGAGAAGACUUGGCACUAAUCCACAGACUAACGAACCAAUCGUUCCACUUGUACCAGAGUCAAAUGAUGCAGAAGUAGUGGAAACAUCCAGAUGGACAGAGGAAGAAAUGGAAGUAGCCAAACAAGGUCUGAGACAACAUGGCCGAGACUGGGCAGCCAUUGCCUCCAUGGUGGCCACAAAAACUGAAGCUCAGUGUAAAAACUUCUACUUCAACUACAAGAAGAAGUUUAACCUAGAAUCUAUCAUACAGGAACACAAAGAGAGGCAAGAAGAUGCUAAGCUGAAGGAAGGUGACAAACGCACUGUUUCCAUCUGUGAGAGCAUGGCAUCGACGGUGACUGCAGAGUCUGGGGGAGAAGAGGACAUAUCGUCCGAUAUUGACUCUGAUACUGCAAGCGCACCCAGUCCAACUCCUGGUGCGGAGGAAGGUACCAUGAAGGACAGGAUAGUGAAACCUGAUGUGAACAUGGAGACGACCAACGAGGCCCAACCGUCACAGCCCUUGAGUCUGUCCCAGAAUAACCUGACCUCAAUCAAACCUCUCAGCACCUCCCAAGGCAGUCUACGCAGCAUUGAUAAUGACAGCAGUGCCACAAUGAGUGCUGAUGAGGCACCACCCACCUCUGGAAGUGGGACCAGUCACGGGGUGUCCAGUGAGGCCAGGGACACAUUUAGUCCGCGAACAUCUGGUAUUCCAGCAACAAGAUUAAACUUGACACACCAACAUCCCACAGCUUCAUCCCACCUGCCACAUUCCACUGGCUUGCAUCCAGCGGUGAUGACAUCACAUGCAGCUUCACAGCAGCCUCAACACCAGGUGGCGCCACAUUCACAAGCUGGCAUAUCUGGAACGCAAAUGCUUGCAUCAAUGGGCCAUGCACAGGGUCCUGCUGGUAUCCCGUUCUCACAAGGUGGAGUUGCGCCGUAUCACUAUUCAGCUAAGGGUGGUUCCAUAACCCAAGGUCGCCCAGUCACUCAGCUUUCAUCAUCCAUGGCAGGAGCUGGGGACAACGAUAGGCGUCCUCAAGAUGUUCCUAUUAUCAAAGAAUCCCCUCCAUCGGGGCCUCCUCAACCCUCAUCUGGGGCCCAACAAAUGAUGCCAGAUUUUACAAAUAGAAACAAACAGUUUCUCCAGAAUUUGCUGAUGCCGCAGGAUCAGGGUCGCCCGUCCAGUACAUUGUCGGAGCCAGGCCUGAUGCCACCCUCAGCCCCUGCCCAUCGAAGUCUGUCACCAAGUGGGGACAGACGUGGCCACAAACCUGCAUGUGUCCGUGACCUUAUCAACUCGGCUAUUGAGAGGAACCUAGGACAUCCACGCACUUCUCAUCAGGACUCUCCUCAUCCUGAGAAACGCCCAGCGUCGUCUGAACCAGUGUACAGUCCACAACUUCUCAACACCAUGCAGCCGCAGUACAUAAUACAGGACCUCCGCAAGGACAAGCCAGAGCAAUCUGUGUCGCCGGCUUAUUCUGGUCGUAAUUCUCUCUCUCCAUAUCAAACCAUGGCACGACAACUUGAAAAGGAGGCUGACAUGCGUGAGGCAAGAGAUAUGCCACAAGACUUAUCUAAAGGGCCCCAUGGCUACCGUGGCAACCCGAGAGAUAUGGAUCCACGUUCUGGAGGACAUUCUGAAUUUCGGCGACAUGGUGAAGAUGCAUCUAGACAACCAGUAGCACCACCUCCCGCACAUUCACAGCGUCCUGUGUUGUAUCCUCCAACAGAAAUUCCUGGGCGACAGUCUGCAGAGGGACACAAAUCACCUAGUCCCUACCCUCAUGAUAGACAGAGCUCUCCUGCUUUGAGGCAUCUUUCGCCCAGCACAUCCCCCUAUGCCCAUGUGCCCCCGGGGCUGGACCCCCACCGAGCUGCCCAGCCAAAUAGACAGGGAGUCAUUCCACCUCCACCUCCAUUAAUCAAUAAAGGCCCAUCUCCAAAACUUCCCAAGUCUCCGCCUACUAGUGCUCAUCCUUCAGCCAUUGUUGGCAUGCACCAUGGUUCUAUCACACAUGGAACUCCUGGUUCUAUCACUCGUGGCACUCCAGUGGUGUCCAUGCCACAGGGGAUGCCCCCCACAAGCCACCCUAAUAGUAGUGGAGGGAUGGCCGCUAGUCGGUCUUCACACAUUGAUAGUCGUCACCAGCAGCAGGUACGAGCAGUUGGAUCCAUCACUUCAGGUACUCCUAUCAACAGGGAAUCUGCUUCAGGACGAGGGGGUCCACAGGGAGGGGAUCCCAGAAUGUAUGACCCCAGAUUCCCUCAGAACAUGUAUGACCCAAGGAUGAUGCUUUCAGAGCGAAUGCGAAUGUUCCCACAGGGAAUUCCAUAUCCUUAUCAACAGCCAGGAGAGCAGCAAACAAUGAGCAAACAGAUCAAUGUUGAUUUCAUGACCGCUCAACAGAUGCAGCAACAGCGUCAUGCUCCUGGCAAAGAGAGAGAGGGUCCAGUAUCUCCCCGAGGGGGCCCCAAGGAAUCAGGACGCCAGCAUCAACCUCUCAUGCCAGUGCAUCCAGGGUACCAGGCAGGACUCAUGUAUGCUCACCAGCCUCCGACAUCAAUGUCAGAACGUGGAGGUAAUACAAGGUCCUCACCUCACCCUUCCUCACAUGGUACGCCAUCCCCUCAUGAAGAAAAUCUCUCACCUGGCUGGCCCCGUCCACAGAUGGCAGGGCACAGUCACAGUCCCAAUGUUACACCAACAAAUCGUAGCAUCACUGCUGGAACAGGACGACCAAGUGUCAUAACUGAUAUUACUAAUCGACAGGAAGCAUAUACAGGAGAAGGGCCAGCUUUGAUGAGGUCGCAGGCCAUGUCACCGCGACAGUAUCCAGACGGCCAUUUCCAAAACCAUCCAGCCAUGAUGGGUCAUCGACGUGUACCAUCUGCUCAGUCGGAAUAUAGUAGACGUCAGUAUCAAGAAGAAAGACAUGAUCUGACGCAGGAACACGAACGCAUGGAGCAAGAGAAGAGACGCAAGAGUGAUGAGAUGCAGCAAAGAGUCCGUGAUGUGCAUGAGCGGUCACGUGGGUUAAGUAUGGAAGAACAGAUUCGUAAGGAAAUCAUGGAGAGCCAACGGAAUGAUGAGAAAAACGACGAUGUUGUUAUGAAGCCUAAGCCAGAAACAUCUCGCAGUCCAGCUGGUAUGCAGCCACAGUCUUCAAAGCUGAAGGAUCCUACAGACCUGUUCAAGGCCUUUGUGUCUGACCAGUCCCCGUCAACAGCAACACGUGACAGCCCACGAGGAGCAUCAGCUCUCACAGCUGCUAAUCUCAUUGAUGCCAUCAUCAUUCACCAGAUCAACCAGUCAAAAGAUGAACCCGACAACAUCAUUCCGAAACAGGAAGUGCAACCAGUAGGUGCUGCCCCCUCUAGUCAACUUGUACCAGAGGCAGUAGAGACAACACAAGCAAUGGCCCCUCUUCAAGACCAGAAAUCUCCUACUCAGUUGCACGGAAAAAAGAAAUGGAUCAAUGAAUCUCAGUCAGGCUCAACCCCACGGGCAACUCCCCCCACUCCAACUAGUAGUACAGGCAGUGCCCCUCAGAUGCCAACCCCACCAGAACGGCGUGCGCAAGGGCUAUCAACGUCCCCUGGUGUUGCAGAUGUUAAUCGGGUGCAGGACAAAUCCCCUUCUAGCUUGCCUGGUGGGAGCAAACCGGGAAUGACCCUUGGGGAACACAUUAAUUCAAUCAUACUUAGCGACUACAAUACACGGCCACCUGGUAGCAAGAAUGGUGUACUUAGUCAGCUUGGAGCCCUCCCCAAUAACAGUCCCCCUGACAGUCAACAGGAGCGCAACAACCCCUCGCCAAUGUCAACACACUCGCAGUCAGAUACUUCGUCUACAGUUUCUGCAGAUUCCACUCGCUCCCGAAGCUUCUCCCAUGGAACAACACCCCCACAGAGUGGGUACGGGAGUCACGGGACCACCCCUCCACAAGGAGGCUAUGGGGGACAUGGACUGAAGUGGAAAAAGGCCCAAAUCCAGGAAGCUGAGAGAGAGAUGGCAAGCAGCUCUGGACAAACCGAAUCCUCCCAAUCCAUAUCCAGUGUAGCUCCUCAUGGGGAAGAUUGGUCGUCACAUCCACCGGAUGGUGCCACGGAAUCAGCAGAACGGAAGCAUCACACACCUGAUCAAUCACAUUCACCUAGACUGCGUUCUCCACAUAUCAGUAGUCUGUCUGACUCAAAAUCACCAAUGGCCUCUACUGAUAGCAGCGAUGUCCUGCCAACCAAGAUUUCACCGCCCCGAUCCCCGCGUUCUCGAUCGGGAUCUGUGACAGCCAGUCACCAGCACAUCACCAGUCUUCUGUCACGCCCACAGAUGAGUUAUCCACCACACAGUGAGAGUACAGGUAAUUCUCCUCCAUCUACAGAGUCCUCCACUGGCCAAAAAUCAGUCAGCGUUCCUGCUGAUAUCUCUCCACUUGACUAUGUCAAGAACAAAAUUGCUGAGGUGCUACGUGACGACAGCAUUAAUGACAUGCCCAAACCUCCAGGCCCACCACGGGGAUCACUUUCUUCCCCUCAGCAGUCUGGCUCUCCCAGAGGUAAUGGUAUAGGAAAGCUUCUGCAGGCUCCUGGUCUACAGGGAUAUACUGCUCAGCAGGGGCGGGCCUUGUCACCUAUGACAACUAUACAGGGUGACCACAUCAAGGGGCACCAAAGAGAAAUGCAGGGGUCACAAGUGGGGCACCAAAGGGAUACACCAGGAUCUUCUAUUGGGCAUCAGAGGGAAAUAAGUGGAGCUCCAUUGGUGCACCAAAGGGAGAGGGAAAUGCAAGGAUCACAGAUGGGGCACCAAAGGGAGAGGGAAAUGCAAGGAUCACAGAUGGGGCACCAAAGGGAAAGAGAUAUGCAAGGAUCACAGAUGGGGCACCAAAGGGAGAGGGAAAUGCAAGGAUCGCAGAUGGGGCACCAAAGGGAAAGAGAUAUGCAAGGAUCACAGAUGGGGCACCAAAGGGAGAGGGAAAUGCAAGGAUCACAGAUGGGGCACCAAAGGGAGAGGGAAAUGCAAGGAUCGCAGAUGGGGCACCAAAGGGAUAUACCUGGAUCUCAGAUGGGGCACCAAAGGGAAAAUAUGUCAGCACUCCAAAUAGGGCAUCAGAGGGAUAGAGAAAAUAUGACAGGGCCUGCAAUGGCAAGUCAACGAGAUAGAGCAAAUUUGUCUGGGUCCCAAAUAAGUCAUCAGCGAGAAAAUGUGUCGGGGACGCAAAUAGGUCAUCAACAGGAAGUUCCAAGGCCUUUGUCUGGACAUCAAAGGGAAUCUUCAGAAACAUCAGGGGGACAUCUUGAUUCCACACACCAACAGAAUACCCAGCCACACCUUGGUCACCAGAGAGAGGCUACCCAUCACUCUGGAGGUCAGCGUGAAUCACAAGACUGGGAACCAACAAGUCAGUCAGAUUCAAAUAACUAUCCCACCAGCUCAACACAGUCUGGGGGAGAGGGACAGAGUGUUGAAAAAGAGGGAAAGCCAGGUGGUGGAGCUGGGGACAAAAUAUCAUCAAUGCACCACCCGCUUAGAAAACGUGGCAUGUUCAGUCGGUCACGUGUUGUGCGAGAUGAAGCUGGUGGGAAGUUCACAGUCACUGCUUCCGGGCGUGAUCACACAAAGUCUAGCCCAACAUCAGCCUCUGAUAUGCAGAGGCCAGCCCCUGAAAAGAAAGGUCCACGAUCAGAGUAUGACUUUCCUGACAGCCCUGAUGACGAUCAGUUGGUUGCUAAAAAGCCAAGCAGCUACAUGGCUCUUUCUGGGUCCACACGAAGUCCUCGUCGUGGAGUUGUUGAUAGCUCAGAUGGGCGUUCGAGCUCCCAGGGGUCAUCAGAAAGUGGGCGGGGUUCAGAAAGUCAUGUGCAGAGCUCCAGCGACAGUCGGUCUGGUGAAGGACAGGACUCGGGAAGCCAUGAUAGCUAUAGAGGUGGAAUUGAAACAAGCUUUGGACGCCCAGACCAAGGUCCAGGGGAAGCCAAGGUAUCCCGACGUUCAUCCAAACAUGAUUCAGAAGGUGAUGACAGUUCAAACAUUUCCCAUCCAAGCGUGGAUAGCACUCACACCGACAGAAUGGUCAUCGACGAAAUGGCUGGAGUGGACAGUUCAUCUACAGGUGACGUGACUUCUGCUUCAGCAAUGCCAGAACGUCCAAGGUCAUCGCGAUCAUCUCGGGACAGCGACAACAGUCCACGUAGCACCUCAGAGAACCUGGAGAGUGGAGAAUUUGUUUCAUCCCAAGGCCGAAGUCAGGACAAUAUAAGUGGAUCUCUGAGCUUUCCACAUAGGUCACGAAGUCCUCGCGGAGGUGGAAUAGGUGGGGACAUACACUACCAAAGCUCCGAGGCUCAUCCGAAUGUGGAGCCGACAUCUUCAAGUAUUGGAUCAGGCUCAACAGGUUCUGUGUCAUUUCCCAGCGGUCAACAUUCUGAAGCAGACAGAUCGGGUUAUAAUCCACGGUUAGGUGAACAAGUUCUUCUUAGGUCCUCUAAAUAUGAUGAUCUGUCUGAUGACGACGAUUGAACGUCAUGUGAGAUUUUAAUGAAUAAUGUUUAGUGACAGGAUCUAGCUUAGAUGUUGUGCUACAAGAGAUUUUUUUAAGUGUUUUAGCAAAAUAUGAUUCUGGCUUUUUUAGGGUCACUAUUGAAAGUCGUCAGAAAAGAUAGAAAUGAAAUGUGUAGAUACAAAUGGAGGAUGCUUGGGAAGAGUCAAACAUGACAAGAAAUUGUGUUUACUGCACAUAUUGACACACACCUAUUGAGAAAUUAGUGCUAUGUACCAUAUUUUCCGGAUUAAAAGGCGCAGAUUUUUUUCUCAGCGGUCAGGUGUGCAGCUUAUAUGUGGUGUAGUAAAUUUAGUCCCCUUAUUGUAAGAAAUUGAUAGUCAUAAUGACAUCAAAAUUUUUAUGUUCAUUAUGUUUUCAAAUGUAUUCAUAAACCCAGGAAUUCAGUAACAGAAGUUUAACAUUUCUAAUAAUUAAGUGCUAUCUGAAUUUAUAAGCUUUUUGAUCUGCUUCCUAGUCCUUCUAAUAGAAUGCUUGUGCAUUCCUCCUAUCUGUGUUGAAUACAGGUAAUAAGUAUAGAAAGCCAAUACAGUUUCAAAACAAACUACAGGGACACCAAGAGUUCACCUGCUGUAUACAGGAACAAAUCUUAGCCACAAAUUUGACUCAUGUCUGUUUCGCCUUUUUUUGCCAAAUAAGCCAAAAAUGAAACGUGGGCUGAAGUUUUGUGUUGAAGCAGAAAAAUAUGGUUCUUAUAUUUUGAAUUGAAUCUAAAACUGAUAAGCUUUCUUUGAUGGCAAGAAAGUUUCCUUGUUAAGAGAGUACCAUGUGAAUCUCCCUGAAAUAACAUCAGAAUAAAAAUAGAAAGUCCAAAAUACACUGAUAAAAGCGUUCUGGUUUAUUAGCAUCUGAUCAGAACAGCAAAUUCACAAGGCCUUUAGUCAGUAGAAAAGUGAUUGGGCUCUCUACCUUAUUUGAACAGCAAAAUAAAAAAAAACCUGUAGUUAGUACAAAAGUGGAAAGGCACUUUAUUUCAUUAAAUCAGUAAAAUAACUAGGCCAGUAGUCGGUAGAAUAUUGCUGGGGCUCUUUAUCUUACACAUCAAUUUUUUUUGUCUCUUCAAGUUUCCUUAUUGUCAUAAAACUAUCCUACUAACGGAGGAUAUUUUGAUGUGCUGUGAGAUAACCUGCACUUGUACAUAGUUACCUGUUGUAAUACUAGCCAGUAAAAGUUUAGUAUUGUAUGAGCUGUAAAAUUCAAAGAAAGAAAUUCCGUAUGGUUUGACUUUGUAACAGUUUUGAUGUUUUUCAAUGAAUAUUAUGUCUCUGCAUUUCUUUGUUAACCCUGCGAUACAUGUGUUCUAAAGUUUUAGCUUUUUGAAAAAUUUAAAUCCAGAUGGUUUUUAUGCCCAUUAUUUCCUCCAUUUUUUUUUUGUUAGUAAAUUUUGUUUCUGAAGGAAUAUAUUUGUCGUUUAUUGUUAAUGUAUAAAGAGAACUGUUUUGAAAGAUGAGGCUGUUCAUAUCAUUUGUUUAAGAUGAACAUUUGUUAUAAAUCAUAUCAGAAAAAAAUUCAAAACAAGUCUCCAUCAUCAAGAUUUUUUUUUUGUAUUGAUAAUGUGAUUGAAUCAUGACAUGAUCAUUAGUUCAUUUGAUUACAUAAAUUUAUAUAGGAAUCAAGAUCACUUUCUCAGAGAUUUUAUAGCUUCUAUUUUCAUCCUUCGUUUUACGUUAAUCAUUUAAGGUCUGACAUCAAUCUUAGCCAUUAUUGCUUACUAGAUGGCAACUCGUUUAGUUGUAAAAUGAAAACAUUUUGAAACAGAUUUCCUUUUAUUUGAUAUUUCAUUGUCUUUCACAUAGAAAGAACACUGAUUAAUACCAACGUGUAAAUUAUUUUACAUUCUUGUCUGUUUUGAUGAAAAUUCAAGCAAAUUUAACAGAAACAUCCCUACAGUAAUUGUAUUAUUUUUAUAAUUAUGUAAAUUUUUUUUUAAUGGGUUUCUUGGUCAAUAAUUUUCAACCUGCUGUGAUGUUAAAUAUAUGGUUUUUACCAUAUGUUGCUCAAAUCUUGGGGAGAGAAAACUCCAAAAAAUACAAUAAUUCAACAUUUUGGUUCAAGUACUCUCCUCCUGCAUGCAUUAAAUCAGUUUUAGGUUCCAAUUAUAGAUAUUCAUGGAGGCACUGCUGAAUGAUAUUGAUCAAACUGAAAAGUGAAACCAUCUUCUAUCCAUCAUGAAAAAUAGCAUUGCCAUGGAAACCACAGAUAUUAAUUUUGAAGCAUUCAAACAUGUAGAAAAUAUUUACAUUUUUCAAAAUGCAGAAAGUUAGCAUGAAAACCAAAUUUAAAAAGCAGAAUAUUUUCUGUUGGGUUUGUGUUUAAUCUGUAAGACUGUAUUCUGUAUAUCUGUAUUCAUUAAUGGUUUAUGAAACCAAAUUAUUAUUAAAUAUCAUGAUCACCUGGAGUUUUAGCAGUGUUACCAUAUUUGGUCGUUAUGCCCAUAUAUGGUGUUUCCAUGGUCUGAAGUGUCUGUCCUUUAACCCCUUGCAUUAAUUAGUAUGUAAAACUGGUUUCACUAAUUUUGUGAUUAUUGUGUAUCAUGAAACAUUUCUCAACAUUAGCACAAUAAAAAAUGUGUGUAAACAUUAA